AGUCUACUCUGGAGAAUCCCAGUAUUUUAACCUGUCUCUCUUGAGUCCGACUCUUCCGUGUGCCGCGAGUGUCCCAAAUCCGGACACCAGCGUCACAGCAAAUGUAUGGGCGUUUAUGUAUCCCGGGUCACAUCGGACCGCUUCAGCUCAGCGACUUCAGCUUGCUAUGUAGGUAGCAUCGUUAACAGAAACUACCUGUCCUCUCCUUCAACUGAGCAAAUGUUUCACUACUCCUUACGAUCUUUCUACCUAAAAUAUCUCUGGUAACUUGGCCUACCAAUUCAGACUUCAUAAUGUGCAAUUUCUCUUGCACUGGCAGAUGGAGCACAUUCUGCAAUCCUCUCCUAGACUAACUGGUGAGGCCUUGAGGUUUACAACCUCUGUAUACGUUCCAAGAUGUUCGCUGGGACUUGUACUUUCAUCCAUCAUGAUCUUGAGGGUCGCUGAGGAGGAGAACUCUACUUCUCCAUGACAUCAGAGGAUGAACGUAGCAUCGAAGAAAGCUCCUAUUCAGGUAUUCCCGCCCUUCGGCGUGCUCGUACAACAGUUCGGCAUCAUGAACGAGGGGACAGAUCGCGAAGUCUUGGCCAUAUAACUAGACCGCUCUCGCUCGUCCUCUUUCAGAAUGCUCCGCCCUGUCUUUGCCCGUUCUACUGUACGAUCUCUCUUUCUCACCGCCCACCACUCGCGUACUAGUCUUGCACCUCUAUCUAAGUAUUCAGUCAUGUCUUUCCACUACAAACCGAACACAGAGCCUCCAAAAGAGAUGGCGGUUUUCAACAACUUGGCGAAGAUCGCUUCGGAGAGCGGCAAGUUUCGACGAGUCCUGUGGACUGGACGAAACAGUCAGCUCGUCAUCAUGACAAUCCCUGUCGGCGGUGAAAUUGGAGAAGAAAUUCAUACUGUCGACCAACAUCUGAGCUUCCACUCUGGUACAGGCAAGGCAAUCGUUAACGGCAAGACGGAGGUCGUCGCGCCUGGGGAUGUUGUCAUUGUCCCCGCAGGAGCUCAACACAAUUUUGUCAAUACGAGCGAGACUCCUCUCAUUAUCUCAACUGUCUACGCUCCGGCUGAGCACAAGGCGGAUACUGUGCACUCGACUCGGGAGGAAGGCGAGAGGCUGGAAGCAGAAGGGAAGGAUGAACCGCCUGAAUGGGCUUUAGAUCUGCACAAGGGUGACAAAGACUAGGUGGUAGUGUAAGCUCCGUCAGAUCCCAGAGAUUCUAACAUCGAAAGAUUGAAAUUCGCUGUUCCUUCAUUCCUUGGUUUUUUUUAUCAAGCACGCUGCGGUUCAGGAUUGUUUGAAGUUACCCUGUAUUUCUAAUUGAAUAUGUUGUCGAUCAGGAAUCUCAUUGUUGCACCCCAUGGGGCG